GGCGCCAUGGGCGAGGCGGCCGUGCCCUGCCGGGUGCAGUACCUGGAGGACGCCGAUCCCUUCGGCUGCGGCAGCUUCCCGGAGCCGCGGCGGGCGCCCGUGUUCGCCGUGGCCGAGGCGGAGGCGCUGGGCGCGCAGCUGCCCGCGCUGCACCGGCUGCUGGCCGCGCCGCUGCCGCUGGAAGACUGCACCCUGCAGGUUUCGCCAUCCGGACACUACCUGGACCUUGAUUUGUCCUUGCUGGAGCAGAAGGAUGACCUGGAGGGGUUCUACGAGGAGGUCAAAAAGGGAAGGCGACCGACUUUGAUUCUGCGCACGCAGCUCUCCGUCCGAGUCCAUGCCAUCAUCGAGAAGCUGUACAACUCCCAGGGGCCGGAGCUGCGGCGAUCCCUCUUCUCCCUCAAGCAGCUCUUUCAGGAGGACAAGGACCUUGUGCCAGAGUUUGUCAACAUGGAWGGGCUGACGUGCCUGAUCAAAGUGGGGGCAGAAGCUGAUCAGAACUACCAGAACUACAUCCUCCGGGCACUGAGCCAGAUCAUGCUCUUUGUGGAUGGGAUGCAGGGCGUCAUCAACCACAUUGAGACCGUCCAGUGGCUCUACACGCUCUCCGGCAGCCCAUAYCGCCUGGUGGUGAAGAUGGCGCUGAAGCUGCUACUGGUGUUCGUGGAGUACACGGAGCCCAACGCCCAGCUCCUCAUCCAUGCUGUGAACACCKUGGAUCAGGCAAGAGGCACGUGUCCGUGGUCAAACCUCAUGGCAAUCCUGGAGCAGCGCAACGGAGCUGACACAGAGCUGCUGGUGUUCGCCAUGACRCUCAUCAACAAGACGCUGGCUGCCCUCCCAGACCAGGACUCCUUCUAUGACGUGACGGACUGCCUCGAGCAGCAAGGCAUGGAAAGAGUGGUGCAGCAGUACCUGAGCAGCAAGGGCACCGACCUCGACCUGAAGCAGCAGUUCCUGCUCUAUGAAAGUGCCCUCAAGCUGGAAGACGGCGUCGAGGAGCCGCAGCCGGGGGGACGCAAGGAGCGCAGGAAGACGGAUGAAGGGCGGCGCGGGUGGCGCUCCCAGGGCAGCGGAGCAGAGCCCAGCUCUGGCACCGGCUCCCCAAGCACCAACCAUGAGGUCCAGCAGCUGCUGGAGUCUCCCAGUGACGUGAAGAAGCCCCCCGCUGAGGACAGCCAGGCUCCCCUGGGGACGGAUGAGCCGAACAGCCCGUCAGGGACCUCCAAGAGCAUCUACAACAGCACGGCCAGCAUGUGCCUGGCACUGUCCUCGCCUCCAGCCGAGAAGGAGCAGCCGCUGGGCCUGGGCGAGAGAAGCAUUUACAAAGCUCGCUUUCUGGAGAACUUGGCAGCAGCCCAGAAGGAGAAGAUCUCUUCCAUGACCAAAGGAAGACUCGAUAUCCUCAGCGAUGCUACGCAGGAGCAUCCUCUUGCUCUUGCUUGGGAUGGGAACAGGAGCGUUGCUGAGCGUAGCACGGAGCCACAUGGCAAAAGGUCCUGGGCGGGCCAGCAGGAUACCCCCGACUCCUGCAGUGCCAUCUCCUCCGACACCAAGUUUAUGCUGGAUAUGCUAUAUGCUAAAAGUUCCUCAGAGCCAGGACGGGAGCAGGUCUUCCCCACGGGGCCAAUGUCCCUCCAACACCAGGACAAGGCAGAGACGGAGGCUGAAGAUGUUGAGGGACACGGCCACCAGGAACAGGAUAGCACACGGCUUCACAACAGGGCUCCAGAUGGGCCUGUUGCCAAUGCCCAUGCUCUCUUGGCACGGGCCAUGUCAAACAUUGAUGUGGAGACCCACACAAAGAAAAUGGAGAACACAUUGAUGACACCCAUCAAAAAGGACUCGGAGCUCACUUGGGAGCGCCUGGAGGCCUGCCCUGUGCAGCUAAAGAUCAAGGACUUGGACUUCACUGACCUGGGGGAAGAGGAAGACUUUGAUGUCCUGGACACAGGGUCCAUAACUAAUGGCUCCUUCCAUCCUCAUGGCAUUGAGGCAGCGAGUGCUGGAGCCCUCAUGGCUCCCCCUCCACCUCCUGUGAUCCCUGGCUGCCCUCCACCGCCACCUCCACCUCCUGUCAUCCCUGGCUGCCCACCACCUCCACCUCCACCUCCUGCAGCCCCUGGCUGCCCUCCACCUCCACCUCCACCGCCCACCAUCACCAGCUGCCCUCCACCGCCACUGGGGCCUCUGGGCUCCUUGGUGACAGAUGGCCCUUCCCAGGCUAAAAAGAAGAGGACAGUGAAGCUCUUCUGGAAGGAGCUAAAGCAGCUGGAUGACACCGCGGGGCCAGGCAGGUUUGGCCAGGGGACACUGUGGGCAUCUCUGCAGAGAGUUGAGGUCAAUGCUGACAGACUGGAGCAUCUUUUUGAGUCCCGAUCAAAAGAAGUGCCAGCUUCUAAGAAGGCAGUCGAUGGGAAGAAGGUGGUGGUGGUGUUGGAUCCCAAGAGGAGCAACGCCAUCAACAUUGGCCUCACGGUGCUGCCUCCUGUGCAUAUCAUAAAAACAGCUGUGCUCAAUUUUGACGAGUUUGCAGUCAGUAAGGAAGGGAUCGAGAAAAUCCUGACCAUGGUCCCAACAGAGGAGGAGAAGCAGAAGAUCCAGGAGGCCCAGCUGGCUAACCCUGAUGUGCCUCUGGGGUCCGCAGAGCAGUUCCUACUUGCCCUCUCUUCCAUCAGUGAUCUCACAGCAAGACUCCAGCUCUGGGCUUUCAAGCUGGACUAUGAGAGUCUGGAGCAGGAGAUUGCAGAGCCUUUGUUUGACCUGAAAAUGGGCAUGGAGCAGCUGGCCAAAAAUCACACCUUCAAAUGCAUCUUGGCCACACUACUGGCUACGGGCAAUUUCCUAAAUGGCUCCCAGAGCAGAGGCUUUGAGCUGGGCUAUCUGGAGAAGGUCUCAGAGGUGAAGGACACGGUGCACCGGCAGUCCCUGCUCUACCAUCUCUGCCAAAUGGUGGUAGAGAAGUUCCCGGAAACCACGGACCUCUACUCGGAGAUUGCUGCGAUCACCCGCUCAGCCAAGAUCGACUUUGAUGAGCUGGCCAACAGCCUGGUGCAGCUGGAGCGAAGGUGCCGGGCAUCCUGGGACAACCUCAAGGUGAUCACCAAGCACGAGACCAAGGCGGUGCUGAAGAGCAAGCUGACCGACUUCCUCAAGGACAGCACCCAGCGCAUCGUUGUCCUGAAAGUCGUGCACAGGCGUGUCCUCAACAGGUUUCACUCCUUCCUGCUGUACCUGGGCUACCCGGUGAGCGCUGCACGGGACGUGAAGGUGACUCUCAUCUGCAAGCUCCUGAGGGAGUUUGCCCUGGAGUACCGCACCUGCCGGGAGCGCGUCCUGCAGCAGCAGAAGAAACGAGCCGCACACCGGGAGCGCAACAAGACGCGGGGCCGGCUCAUCACCGAGAUGGAGAAAUUCUCCGGUGUUACCAGCAACACGGAGACCGCCUCACCGCCUGCAGUGGUGUCCACCAGCCCUGAGCAGUGGGAGCAGGCUGAAGCAGGCCAUGAGAGCAUGAAGAGCAUGCUGAUCUCACCUACGGAGGCGCCCGCACGCCGCAGCCGCGCCAGCCGGGGGACAGGGCAAACCACCCCAACCCAGGGCUCCCCAGCCCAGGAGGACGUUCCCAGCUCCCCCGACGAUGCCUCCGAUGAAAUUAUGGACCGCUUGGUCAAGUCCGUCACGCACAAUCCCAACCCUCGUCCCUGUGCCAACAAGGAGCGCAAAAGGUCCCGCGGCAAUAGGAAGUCCUUGAGGAGGACCCUGAAGAGCGGGCUCAGUGACGACUUGAUGCAGGCGCUGGGCUUGGGGCAGGCGCCCGGCAUGGACGUUUGAGGCAGCCGGGGGAGCAGAGCGCGCCGCCAGUGCUGGGGCUCCCACUGCUCCCCUUCUCAGCUGCCAGGCCUGCUUUGGUACCCCAAGGGCAGGACACGGCCCUCUGCCAAGUGCUGGGCCAGCACUGCUGCACCUGAUGCCACCAGCGAUGCGCUUCCCAGGGCCAACACAGUCUGCACCCGUGGCCUGACCU